UGUGUCGUGUUGAGCACGAGUGUUAACGCGCUUUUUUGCCCGCUUAGAGAAUCCACCGCUGAGAGGCAGACGAGCCCCCUCCGCCCCCGCCACCCACCACCAAUUGGUAGGAAUCAUCUGUGGGGGAUAAGAGUGUUGUGAGUGCGAUAUUAUCCUCUACAUACUCUCUCAUAUAUAUUGGUUGUAGCCCCAGCAGUUCUGUGUGUGGCUGCCCAGUUGAUGAUCUCCAAGCUCACUCUUUGGGGAUUUAUCAUUCUACAUAAAUUACACAGAGAGAGAUAGAGAGGAGAUUGUAGUUGAUUUUCUCCACUUGCAAGUUCAACCCGUAGCUCAAACGCACUUUGGGAGCUACAACAUAUACAGUGUUACAUAAUCGUGCAAGAAAAAUGCGAUAAAAAGUACCAAAGUGCUAGGAAGUGAAUAAAAAAGAAUCAACAAAACAGUGUGAUUAUAGGUGAUCAACAGGUGCUGUAUGUGGCUCAAAGAAUUUCCUCCCAAAACACGUUUCAGUGCUCAUCAUUUGGGAAGUUUUUGGUGGUUUUUCUAGUGCUUGCAGUGUGGAGUUUUUUUCUUUCAUUCAUUGUAUUAGUAAUAUAAAAUAUCCAAAGAGAUUAAACGACAAAAAGUGUGAUAAAUUAUCUCGCAAUAAUAUUUUGUAGACUUGUGUGUUGAACAAGAAAGAAAAAAAAAGGUGCUUCCACAAUUUUCUGUUAGGCAUGUGAAAAUCAACAAUUAAAUCAACAAUUUCUUUCACUCUGUGAUUUCAUCAGAACAACGAACUUUACUUUAAUCAAUAUGAAGCCCCUAAUUUUGCUGAUAAUUCUGUGUUGCGCUAAAUUGAGCGUCACGGAACAUAGCGUCGAUCACAAUGGACAUAUUGAGCAGAUAAAUUCAUCCAUACUCCAUGGUGGACAACAAACAACUCCAACUUCUGCCGAGGAGUCAACGAGGAAUGAUCAAAUUUUUUCGACAACACCCACAUUGAGUGGGAGCAGAACGGGACUACCCUAUGAGUUUCGUGGUUCUGAGUUAACCUUUGAGGAAUCCGGGCAUGAGAAGACCUUCCUCUUUGCCCAGAAUAAUACCUUCAUCCAACUCGAUGGGGACAUUAUUCAGACCUUCCAGUUGCGACUGUGUCGAGAGAUCUCCUUUCAAUUUCGUACACGCCUACCCCAUGGUCUUCUCGUUUAUCACAACGUGAAGAAUCCCGAAGGAAUAACCCUCGAUCCCUAUGCUCUGUAUGUGAUCGUUGAGAAGGGACAACUUAAGGUGGUCCAUGUCUUUGGGAAGCACUCUACGAGCGUAACAGUUGGGGAAGGUCUCAAUCGCGAUGAAUGGCAUAGCGUUAUGGUGCGCAUUGAUGUUCACGGUGCAAGAUUAAUUGCCAGAGUUGACAAUAAUCAAGAAGAAGUGUACCUAAAGGGUCUCAAUCACGACACAAAUUACGGCGUAUCGACAAAUCUACCAUCAGUUAUCCUAGUUGGCGGUUUGAGUUCAGAAGAGAGAUUGCAUGGUGUUAAGUACAUCAUUGAAUCAUUUGUUGGAUGCAUCAGAAAUAUUGUUCUUAGCUCAGGCAAGGCAGCUUCGGAUCUUUUGCCAAUAACCCCAUUGGUUGCAACGAAGCAUGAAAAUGUCAAAGAAGGAUGCCUCAAUAUGUGCCAUACAAGAGAAAAUUUAUGCUUUUUGGAUUCAAAGUGCAUCAAUCAUUACUACGACAUUUCUUGCGAUUGUUUUGGAACCAAAUAUGAAGGAGAACAUUGCGACAUUUACACCGCAACAGUAUUAACGCUACGGGGAUCAAGCUAUGUUUCCUACAGGAUCUACGAUUGGAAAGAUCGAACACAUUCACCCCUAACCAGAAUAAGUCUAAUGUUUAAGACACGCUUCGAUGAUUCUGCCUUAUUUUACGGAAGUGGAGAAACACUAAAGCACCAAUAUAUUGGGGCGUCAAUAAAAAAUCAUUCAGUUUAUGUUGAAAUGGAUUUUGGUGAUGGGAUGUUGAGUGCUGUUUUGGGUUCUGAUCUAACAUCCCACUACUGGCACAAUUUAACUAUUCUCCAUCAUUACGAAGAAAUCCAUCUAAUCCUUGAUGAUCAAUACAAGAUAAUUGAUAUUCCGGGAUCAGUGCAGAAUCUCCUUUUUGAUCCUGAAAUACAUUUUGGUGGUGGACCGGAGCUAAAUAAGAAGAAAGGACUUGUGUCUAAGAAUAAUUUUGUUGGUUCACUCAAAUAUGUUUUCUACAAUGAAAUCUCCAUACUAUAUGAAUUGAAGAAGGGCAGUCCUAAGAUGCACUAUAUUGGUAUUUUGGAACCAGAAUUCUACGAAGCUGAUGUUGAGGUCAUCCCAAUGACUUAUCCAUUUGCAACAUCUCACAUUUGGUGGCCAAUUGCUGAUACCAAUGAAAUUUCAAUGAGAUUUGAAUUUAAGAGUGCAAGAACUGUUGCGCAUCUGGCCUAUAGUGAAGUUGAAACCGACUCUGGACCGGGAUUUUGGGAAAUUCGUCUAAAUAAUGAUAAGCUAUCUCUGGAUAUUAUGCUGGACAACAAGAAUACGUCUCUUUUGCACUCAAUAAAACAUAAAAUUGAAAGUGGUUCAGCUUGGCAUGCUAUUGAAUUGUCAUACAGAGAAGGAGUCAUUAAUUUUACCAUCGACUACCGCCAGACAAUACUAUAUGCUUACAAUCUAUCCUUCAACAUUGGUGAUAAGGUUGUCUUUGGAAGUAGCCUGAGAACGGCACCAUCUGGUCUCGUUGGAUGCAUGCGUGAUCUUGAAAUCUACAACUUUCCCAUUGAACCUAGAUACGUUGUCAAAACGGAGAGAGUUAUAGGAGAAAUCACACUAGAUAACUGCAAGUAUGUUGAUCCCUGCAAACGACCCAACACUUGCGAACAUGGCGGAAGGUGCAUUGUAAAAGAUGAUCGAAUAACAUGUGAUUGCAAAAAUACCGGAUAUAUUGGAAAAAAUUGUCAUUUUACCAAAUAUCGUAAAACCUGCGAAGAACUAGCACUUUUGGGCUACACAAAAUCUGAUGUGUACCUGAUAGACAUAGAUGGGAAUGGAAUAUUCCCACCAGCGCAUGUAAAAUGUGAUUUUCAGAGUUUAGAAAAUGCAACAAAGACUAUUGUUGAGCACAACCUACCAUCCCAAGUUGAUGUGAGAUCUUUUCAAUGGACGGACUUUAGUUUCUACAUAACAUACAGAGAAUUUUCACCGGAAAUGCUUCAAGAGCUAAUCUCACACUCCCUCUACUGUACACAGCAUAUCAAGUAUGAUUGCUACAAAGCUCCUCUUGAACUACAUUCAGCAACGUGGUUUAUGUCGUCAGCUAAGAAUAACACAGUUGACUACCUGGGAAACGUCAAGAGGGGAUCCUGUCCUUGUUCUGUGAAUAAGACUUGCGAAGAUGCCAAUCAGAGUUGCAAUUGCGAUAGCUCAAUUCAAGGAAAGUGGUUUUCAGAUGAAGGAACUUACUCUGAAGUUCAGAGCUUGGGUAUAACACAGAUGUUUUUCCUGCAACAAAAUAUCCUCGAUGAGGAAGCUCAGGGCAGGAUAACGCUAGGUCCACUUGAGUGUGUGGAAACAAAUACUCAGAAGUACGUUGUUACAUUCACCACGUCACAAUCGUACAUUGAGGUACCUGGCUGGAGGAAGGGGGAUAUUGCAUUUUCAUUCAGAACAACAGGAGAGAAGGCUAUAUUGCUUUUCCAGCCACCUAUUCGUCCGAAUUAUCCAUCCUUCAUGGUGGCACUAACAGGAGACUACCAGUUAACGUUUAACUUCACACUGAGCACGGGAACAACAAGGGAACUUGUAAUCAAUAGUAAUAGAAAAUUAAAUGCUGGAGAAUGGCACAAAAUCUGGAUUGACUACAAUGAAUACCAUGUAAGAUUUAUGAUCAAUACAGACUACCAAAUGGUUGAUUUGUUGCCAGAAGAAGAGUUUGGACCGUUUGAAGGGAGUAUGUUUAUCGGAGGGGCAACAUCGGAUCUUCUAAAGAAACUUUCCGUAAAACAAGGACUCAUUGGGUGUUUCAGAGGAUUAGUUGUUAAUGGUGAAAUCCUCGAUAUCUACAGCUAUAUGGCUGUUCAUUUGUCCGAAAUCAUUAAAGACUGCAAACCAUCUUGUGUGCCAAAUCCCUGUAAGAAUGGUGCAUUCUGCAAAGAACUAUGGAGCACAUUUCAAUGUGUCUGCAGCAAUCCUUGGGCACAUGUAGGAGAAUUCUGUGAAACCAAUCUAAACGAGAAGGCACUCACCUUUCUCAUCAGAGAAUCAUACGUCAAGAGAAACUACGUGGGUUCCCUUCAAUCCCCAAGUGAUGAGGACAAACAAGUUUGGCGGAAUGUUCUAACAGAAGAUCUCUUAAUUAAUCUUCGAACAUACGACAACUACUCUUUGGUGUUUUACGCCAAUGAUCACUACAAUAAUUUUGUUCAUUUGUACAUAAAUAACUCGAAAGAAGUGAAUUUUCUCUUCAACAGCGGCCAACGUAUUGUGAAUCUAACACUUCAUCAUGAGAAUCUGAAUUCAGGGAAAAGUGUUCAGGUGGCUAUAAUACGAACAGACGAUUCAAUUUCAAUGUAUGUGAAUGAACUCAAUGUAACGAUACCCAUUGGAGACUCCUUACUGGCUGAAUAUUCAAAUACCCCAUGGGAAAAUCCCGAAAUGGAGGUCCUAUCCCCACAUAGACCACCUGCACCACCAACUGAAUACUUCCAGAUCAACAUUGGUGGCUAUGAUUCUAGAAAUCUCCUAAAAACUAACAAGGAUGCUUCGGAUCUACAAGGGUUUGUUGGAUGCAUAGGAGGACUUAAGAUUGGAGACACAUUAAUUGAUCUGGAGGAAUUGGUUGAUCCAAAACUUUCUCACGGAGUUCUAUCCCACUGCCAAAUACUCUGUGAUGCUGAACCGUGCAAAAAUGGUGGGAUUUGCACGGAAAAUUUUGCCAAGCAGGAAAGUUUCUGUGAUUGUGAGCACACUAGCUUCACAGGGGAGUUUUGCAGUGAGGAGAAGGGUGCUGAUUUCAAUGGGGAAGCAAUAAUUCAGCGAAAAUUCAGCCUUAGCGGCAAGGUCAACUACGUUAAACUUCAGCUAGCGUUCUCAAGUGAGGAUUUUCGGCGCACCAGCCGCAUAAUGUUGCUGCUACAGACAGAAAAUCAUCGUACGUACUACCUAAUGAUGGGUAUCAGUGCCGAUGGACAUCUACUAUUUGAGGAGGAUCGCGAAGGGAGUGCUGUAAAGGCAAAGGUUGAAAGGAGUUUCCUCAACAAUGCUAGACAUUCUGUCUACUACGAACGACAUGGUGACAAUGGGACCCUAAUGCUUGAUCGACAAAUCAUCCCACUACUCCCAUUCACGGUGAUGAGUCUCACGGGACAGGCGGGUGAUGAUCUUGGUGUUAAUGAAGCCCAAAUUGGCGGUAUCAAUACGACUGAUCCGAGAUUUGCCAUCUACAAGAGCUACAGUGGAUGCCUUUCAAACAUCAUUAUUCAGGUAAAUAAUGUCACCAUGAAGCCAUUGGAGGAGUACAUGCUAUUCACAAAGACAGGAGCUGAUGAUAUAGCUGUAACCAAUUCGCAAGGAGUAAGAAGUGCCCAGUGUAAUGCCCAUUUUGAUUCCGUGCAGAAGCUCAUCUCAGAGCCAACGUUAAACUUUAGUUUGGCCACAGAUCGUACGUGGGUAGAAGAUCCACCCAUAAAGAUCCCCUACAAGUCAAUCUAUACUACACUGACGAAGAAGGAGGAGAAGACACCCGUUGUGGUUAUAACAUUGUCCAUCCUAUUCUUGGUCAUUAUCAUUGCUUGUGCCUUUGAAGUGUACCGAUCAAAUAAGGCAUAUGCCAAAAGGAUAGAAAGGGAAACGGAUGAGGGUAUAAUAAGAUCCAAAGAGGAAGCAGCCAAAAUUCACGAGACACCCAAGAUGGCACUCAAGUUUGGACCUACGCUCACUGAUACCCUUCCAUAUGAGAGUCUCACCAAUCAGGUGGCACUGAAGCACUUAGAGAAUGGCAUAACACCCAUUCUCGAGAAUCCUAGUGAUACUGAGGACAGAGAGGAAGAGGAGGAGGAGUGAAAUAAAGCAUGAAAUUCGAAAAA